AUGGUAAGUAUUCUUUCUUCCUCCAUAUUCUGCAACCAUGUAUUUUCGUUGCACGCCCUGCUUCUUACUUUUGCAUUUUACUCUUCGCUUGAUUUUGCGUGCUCAUUUCUCGCCCAGGAUGGUUCUCCUGGAACGGAAUUCACGAGUGCGAGAGAAACCCCUUCCAAGAAGAUCACCUUUACUGAUGUCCGAAAGACGCUCGUUGCGGAUGUAGGAUCCAUUCGUAGGGUUUUCGAUUUCCUCGAGGCUUGGGGUCUUAUUAAUUACUCGCCGUCCGCGCUGAACAAACCGCUCAAGUGGGAGGACCGGGACUCAAAGUCCAAUGCGUCCGUCUCGCUCAGCGGUGAAGCUGGAGGUAGUUCCGCAGAUUCCUCGGCUUCAAAAGAGGCUUCUAGGAGAGUAUGCAGCGGUUGCAAGUCUAUUUGUUCCAUUGCUUGCUUUGCUUGCGACAAGUUUGAUUUAACGCUUUGUGCAAGGUGCUAUGUUCGUGGUAACUAUCGAGUUGGUGUUAGUUCUUCAGAUUUUCGACGGGUUGAGAUCAAUGAAGACACACGAACUGAUUGGACUGAUAAGGAGACUUUGCAUCUUCUUGAAGCUUUGAUGCAUUAUGGUGAUGACUGGAAAAAGGUUGCACAGCAUGUUGGUGGCAGAACUGAGAGGGAAUGUGUCGCCCAUUUUGUGAAGCUUCCUCUGGGGGAGCAAUUUAUUGGUUAUCCAGAUUCUGGAAAUAUUGACAACAAGUAUACUGCAGUAAAGGAUCAUGUUAGUGCUGAUCUUGUAUUGGAGAAUGCUGGUACGUCUCUUCCUAGUAAAAGAAUCUGUCUCUCACCUCUGGCAGAUGCAAGUAAUCCCAUAAUGGCUCAGGCUGCCUUUUUGUCGUCUUUGGUGGGUGUUGAGGUUGCAGAAGCAGCUGCCCAUGCAGCUGUGAUUGAACUUUCUGAUACGGGUUUUGGAGGAGAUGGGGAAAGUGUCCCGGCUGUUGCUAGGGAUACAGGGGAGCAAGGAAACGAGGUUGCAUCCAGUGGAGGCAGCAGUGGUACGAGCACAUUAAGGGGGUCUUCUGUGGAUGCCAAUUCACAGAUUAAGGAAGAAGAGGUGGAGGUGGAGAGAGCAAUAUCUCAUAUUUUAGACGUCGAGAUGAAAGAGAUUGUAGAUAAGAUUGUUGGUUUCGAGGAGCUAGACUUGCAGAUGGAGAAGGAACUUGGGCAAUUAGAUCAAAUGAAAAGCAUGCUUUUUGUUGAUCAACUCAAUCUCUUAUUCAAUAGAGGUUGUAUCCCUGGAACCACCGUCCAAGACAAGGAUGGCAAGAAUGUUAGAACGUGUUGAUUAUUCUCCUCCCGGUUAAAGAAAAAUUCUCAAUGUAUUUCCCUUUGUAACUUCGCAUUUUUAACAGUUCAACACGGCCAGCCAUCUAGUCAACAUCUCUAA